AUGCGGAAUCCAGGAGGACGUCAGACACAACGAGUUCGCACUAACCUGUCUUUGCGGUCUAUCCGCCACAUAGGCUCCUCGCGAGAUAAGGAUGGGCUUCCCACUAACCGUGUAUCGAAGGUGAUCAAACAUAGAGUGUUGGUUCUGCAAGCAGCCAGCUGUAAACAGCGGCGGGAGACUCGCCUACAAGCAAUGACAACCGAGGAGCGCCAAGCUCUGGAAGCUCUCAGAGACCCACCAACUAACCCACCUAACAUUGCUGAGGACUCCGAUGAUUUCAAUCUCGGCGACAUCUGGGAUGGUACUGAUGCACUCCCCAUUAGCCACGCUGGCGGAGAGUUCAGAGACCUGGCGAGAGGUGUUCUGGGUGAGGUCUGGAAAUUAAAGGAUCAAGAUGGUGCUCACAGGGUUCAACGUGUCGACAAUCGCACACGGCAUGAUCGUGUUCUGCGAAGAAAUCUUGCUUUCAACGAGCAAAUACAAAUAAUGAGCGAAUCAUACCUUAUAUGGAGCCUGGAGAAAUCGCAAAAGGGCUUCAAGAGUUUUUAUGAUCGCCUACGCAGCGAAGAGACUGAGGUGACCGAUUUGAAUGGUGGCCAAUGGCCAGUGACAGUAGUAGACGCGUUCUUUGCUGAGAAAUUUGUACUGAAAAUAUCAUCGAUGGACCGUACAAUUGCUUCUGCACUUGUUCGUCAAGGCGUCAUGCCCUGCUCCCCGAUAUCACCGGUGGCGGGCAUAACAUUAGAAGCCCUUGAGUUAUAUCGGGUGGCGCACCUCAGGAACCCUCACUUGUCAAUCCAAGCCUUUGUCAAAACGAUAUGCGAUUUACACGGGCUACACUUCAAGAUUCUCUAUGCUAUGGACGGGAACGACUCAUUGAAACGAAUUCUGCGACGCUCGCUUGAUGACGACGAUGACUCUCUUGGUCUAUCGUCCGAACUUCCCACUGGCCAGGUACUCGUUAGUGACCGUUACCUAUCUCGUAACUUUGUAGAGCAGUUUGCACAGGAUACGCCAUGUGAUACGGGAGCCAAUAGUCUGGCAGAGAACUCAUGCGAAGGCCGGUGGAAAAAUAUGGACGAUGCGAAGACAAAAAAAGCUUGGGGUAUUUAUGACGAAACUGGUGUCUUCGUCGCCGUAUGCCGCCACGGCUUUUGUUUACUUAUCGCAGACAUGGUGCAGAGCGGGGAGCGUGCAAAAUACCCCUUGGCUAUUGUUGCCAAGCUGCUAGAUGCAUUUGGCGACGAUUUGGGCGGUGGCUAUGACAUCGGCUGUCAGUUUCAGACUACUCUUGACAACAGCUCUCUUGGUCCCCUGGCGCGCUCAUUACGUCAUAGUUGCCUGGUUGGCGCGUUUCACGGACAUGCGCACAGGCGGUUAUGUCAGCUUUUUUCAUUAACAACUUACAUCAAAGGCAUUGGUAUCGAAGAUCUGGAGACUUGUGAGCGGACGUUCUCCAAGUCAAACUCCCUUGCAUCGGCUCUACGGUAUACUAGCGUUUUCCAUCGUCAACAGGCUAUCGAUUCAUAUUUCGAGCAUAACGACGAGCUCGAGGUAUAUGGCAAUCUUUCAAAUUUCUUGCAUGGUAACUACAAACAAGCUCUCGAGAUCAUCGCCAAUGGCGAAGCUGUCCUACCGAAGGUUAUGCAAGAGCUCAAAGUCGAAGACGAGAGCGUCUUUGAAUGUUGGCUCGAAGACGAGAAAAUCUACCUUAAGGGUCUAACACGAGAGCCUGAAGAAGAGACACUUCAAAUGGAGUACUGGCAGAGAUUAGUCAAUCUUAGUGCAAGCAAAGUUGCUCUUGACGCAGGAAUGAACAUGUUCGGAACGCACAAUACUCCAUCAUACGGCGCAGACAUUGGAAACACACGCAAGGUUGAAAGCACGCGGCGCCACGCUCUCGAGGACUAUGAGAGAAACCUGAAGUUGGUUCAGUUAUUAGAAUGCAAACUCGGUAUCAUCGCUCGCUGGGUUCCAGAAGAUGAAGAAUGGCAGAAGGCAGGGAGACUCGUAGCUAAUAGAAAGUAUCAACGUGCCUUGGACCGUUUGGAAGGUUUGGUCGUGGCUCGCAUUUUCGAACUUGCGAAGAUGAAUAGGGCGGGGACAGGUUACAAACUGCGAAAACAUAUUGCGAGGGCCUUGCAGACGCGCUCUGCCGCCAUCAGGUCCGCCCUCAACACAUACAACAACCUUGCCAGUGCGGUGUACCCUCCCCGGCAAAUACUCAAGUGGGAGGAUGUUGUCGAGUACGCCUUUCUCGCUGACUUCGAGCUGCUACGAAAGACGCGCUCCGAUGUCUCUCAAUUACCUUGGUCAUCACCAGCAGCUCGGAGUGGGAUGGAUCUUUAUUUUAAAAUGUGUCGAGCACGCGAGGAGAUUUGUCGUCUGAAUAUCGAGGUUCGCCGUCUAGUGACAUAUAUACGAGAUGAAGAUAAGUAUUUGCGGGUGUGCGAAGAUCGACUCACAGUUGCUAACCCUGCCCUUGCCCAUCAAAUCGCUAUACAUCGGAACAUUCGUGGCCGGUUCAACUCCCGCCAUAUCAAGCGGCUCAAUGAUAUCUCAAAGCUUCCCGGCUUCAAUGGUACACUCGUCCCUGGUCUAAGUGCUUGCACCGGUAUCGGGGAGAGUGCCAGCAUGCCAGAUCCUCUGAUUCCCGCCAACGUGUUUGCUGCCCAUAUACCUGCACACAACCCUUCAUCCCCUAUAGGUGCGGAUACUCAAGAGGAUUUAGAUGAGGAGGAGAUCGCAGAGGAGGUCGCAGAAGAAGCCUCGAGGAGUUUGCAGGACAUUAUCACCAUCACCGCUGACUUCUCACAGCUCCAGGUUGUUGACAAUGGUGAAGUAGAGGAGUAG